UUUCCCAAGCGACUUAUCUUCAAGUAGAUCCCAUCCCGCAGCCCGCACCGAGCCGUCCCCAUUUCAUUCGCCACUUCGGCCUUCGCCUCCGUCCUCCGACCCCAGAUCUCACGCGCCGCCGCAGCCCAACCAAAAUCCACAAUGAGGCCGUCGAUGAUGAGAUCCGCCGCCCAGCUCGCCCGCCGCCGCAGCUACUCCGCCGCCUCCGGGCAGCCUGAGCGGAAGGUGGCCAUCCUCGGCGCGGCCGGCGGCAUCGGGCAGCCGCUGGCGCUCCUCAUGAAGCUCAACCCGCUCGUCUCCUCCCUCUCGCUCUACGAUAUCGCCGGCACCCCCGGUGUCGCCGCCGACGUCUCCCACAUCAACACCCCCGCACUGGUGAAGGGGUUCAUGGGGGAGGACAAGCUCGGGGAGGCGCUGGAGGGCUCGGACGUGGUCAUCAUCCCGGCCGGCGUGCCGAGGAAGCCCGGUAUGACCAGGGACGACCUCUUCAACAUCAACGCUGGCAUCGUUAAGAACCUCAGCGCCGCCAUCGCCAAGUACUGCCCCAAUGCCCUUGUGAACAUGAUCAGCAACCCUGUGAAUUCAACUGUACCAAUUGCUGCUGAGGUUUUCAAGAAGGCUGGGACUUAUGAUGAGAAGAGGUUGUUUGGCGUGACCACCCUAGAUGUUGUUCGUGCUAAGACUUUCUAUGCUGGGAAGGCCAAUGUACCAGUUACCGAUGUGAACGUUCCUGUUGUUGGUGGUCAUGCGGGUAUUACCAUUCUGCCACUGUUCUCACAGGCAACCCCUGCAACCAAUGCAUUGUCUCAUGAAGACAUCGAGGCUCUCACCAAGAGGACACAGGAUGGUGGGACUGAAGUUGUUGAGGCAAAGGCUGGAAAGGGCUCUGCAACCUUGUCAAUGGCGUAUGCUGGUGCGGUUUUUGCUGAUGCAUGCUUAAAGGGUCUCAAUGGAGUUCCUGAUGUUGUGGAGUGCUCCUUUGUGCAGUCAACAGUAACAGAGCUUCCAUUCUUUGCCUCUAAGGUGAGGCUUGGGAAGAAUGGAGUCGAGGAAGUGCUUGGAUUGGGUGAGCUGUCGGACUUUGAGAAGGAAGGGCUCGAGAACCUCAAGGGUGAGCUCAAAUCUUCAAUUGAGAAGGGUAUCAAGUUUGCACAUGCGAACUAGAUUGGCCAUUUUGCAGAUUAUAGCAGCAAUUGAGACCUGUAGUUAAAGGAUGGAUCUUCUGUUUUGAUUCUUACGCUUUUCUGCCCCUUUGCUUGGGUGUGGGAGGAUUUGAGCUUUACUUACAAUAAGAACCCCAGAGGCUCUAUUGCCAGACAGAACAAAACUUUUGCAAGAGAUCUAUUCUAGCGGCAUAUAUCUUGUGUCAAGUCUUGAACUUAAUCGAUCGAUCAUGCACUUUGUGCCUUUCAGACAGUGGUUUA